UGUGUGUGUGUGUGUGUCUUUAAGCAGUACAAACAGCGAGCUCUCCGUGUUUGAUCAGUGUGUCAUGAAGUCUUCGUGCCGCAUGAAGAACUCGUCUCUCGUGUCUGAACUUGAACUCACCGUCUGGUCUGGACACAGGUACACAGGAGUCAGUCGGGAUGAUUAAAAAGCUGCUGCUUCAAGUCUUGCUGAGCUGCAGCUGAGAGAACAAGUCUCUCAUUCUCUCUCUCUCUCUCUGUCUCUCAUUAUCUCUCUCUGUCUCUCCCCCCCUCUCUCUCAUUCUCUCUCAUUCUCUCAUUCUCUCUCAUUCUCUCGUUCUCUCUCUCUGUCUCUCUCCCCCUCUCUCUCAGGAGCAUCAUCUUUCACUUCCGUCUCUCAGUGAUCAUGGCGGCAGUCGGCGUAGAAGUGGGCGUGUCAUGGUUCCCGACAUCAGGAGUCGUGGGUUUCUUCAUCGCCCUCCUCCUCCUCUCCAUCUUCCUCACUUCUCUCUGCAGCAUGUGCAGAAGACGUUCAUUCCAUCUGAAAGACUCUGAGGCGGACAAAGAUCCCUCAGCUCUCAUCAAAGUGGCGAAACUGGAAGAAACCGUGGAGAUGAGAGAGAAUCCGAUGAUCAACGAGGAGCUGAAAGAUGAAACCGAUGGUCAGACCAAUCCCAUCGAAGAAGUGAAGGACACGGCAAUUCCUUCUAAAACCGCUGAAGAGUCGAAACCUGAAGGGGAAAACGCCGCCAAAUACAUUCUGUGGAGGAGCCACCUGAACCAAGAUGGGGACAGCUCCACCGCUCCAGACAACAUCUUCCAAACCAUCGACGUGAAUUCGAUGUACGCACAGGUCAACCAGAAGGAGAGACUGGCCGCGCUCCCUCCUUAUACUCCUCGGGAGGUGCUGGUGGAGGAGGAGGUGUCUGGAGGGACGGAAAGGAUGGAGGACGUGAAGCAAUGAAGGAAAAGGAUGGAGGAAAUUGAAGCAAUGAAGGAAAAGGAUGGAGGACGUGAAGCAAUGAAGGAAAAGGAUGGAGGACGUGAGGCAAUGAAGGAAAAGGAUGGAGGACACUGGAUGAAGGAUGGCAGCUGAAGGACGAAGGCUACUUUUGAAAGUAAUAGGUUACAGAUUACUAGUUACCCUCUUAAAACAAUAUGAAGUAAUGUAUGGACUGUACUUGUAACAUCUCUUUUCUAGACCACUCAAAGCGCUUUAAUGUCAUCAUUCACACCCAUUCAUGGCACAGCUAUGGGAGCCAUGUUGGGGCUAGCGGAGCCGGGGAUCGAACCACCGAUCCUGUAAAUAAAGGAGGACCAUGCCCACCACUGA